GCCCGGGCGGCUGGAGGGCUUCAGCUGCCCGAGGAUGGGAAUUCUCUUCACCCGGAUCUGGAGGCUGUUCAAUCACCAGGAGCACAAAGUUAUCAUUGUUGGGCUGGAUAAUGCGGGGAAAACCACCAUCCUUUACCAGUUUUCCAUGAAUGAAGUUGUACAUACAUCCUCCACAAUAGGAAGUAACGUGGAAGAGAUCGUGGUUAAUAAUACCCGUUUCCUGAUGUGGGAUAUUGGUGGUCAAGAGUCUCUUCGUUCUUCCUGGAACACUUAUUAUACUAACACUGAGUUUGUAAUAGUUGUUGUGGACAGCACAGACAGAGAGAGGAUUUCUGUAACUAGAGAAGAGCUCUACAAAAUGCUAGCCCAUGAGGAUCUAAGAAAAGCCGGAUUGCUGAUUUUUGCCAAUAAACAAGAUGUUAAAGAAUGCAUGACGGUAGCAGAGAUCUCCCAGUUUUUGAAGCUAACGUCUAUAAAAGACCACCAGUGGCAUAUCCAAGCAUGCUGCGCUCUUACUGGCGAGGGAUUAUGCCAAGGUCUUGAGUGGAUGAUGUCACGGCUGAAGAUCAGAUGAUCUCUACUGAGCUUUUCUCACGGACUCUGCAUCCACAAAGUACUGGACUUUACCUGAGAGCUGAAAAAAAAAAAAAAAAACCCAACGGUUCAGAUAUAUUUAUAAUAAACUGAUUUAAGAAUUUUUCUAUAAGAAAAAGACCACUUAUUUGAAAACAAGGAUGAAAUGUCACUACCCAGUUUGCUCUCAAUUCCUUCCAAAAUGCUUCAAAGCUGUGACGGAUUUUCUCAUGAUGGAUCCUCCCAGGAUAUGAAUA